GUCGCCAUACGCACAUUUCUUUACGUGCUCUUACUUGAAAGUAAUUUCAUUGGCUCUUAGCCGCGUUCACGACGACGGUGUCGUCUCACACAUGACAUGACUUGUAUCACGCUUAACCGAAUGCUCCACUCCCCUCGCUUUAUCCAAGGACUGACCAAGGACCUAAAGCGGAGCGAUUGACAGAGCUAGUCUUGCAGAAUGGGACAUUGGCAAGGUGAAUGCGCAAUAUGGCGUCUUAAUUCUCUUCCAAAAAUGUAUGAGCCUCCGAAUGAGCAAGACACGAUGGCUAUUGAAUGUACGCUGAUAAUGCGAAAUAUUUCUGCAUGGGCAGUAAUUAGCCGAAAAAAGUGGAAUAUCUCAGGAAGUAUACUUGUUUAGGGACAAUAUUAAGCGAACGAAAGUUUUUAGUCCAUGGUUCACGUUUCUAGGUAGUUCUUUUGCGUAUAUAUGGAGCGAAGAACGCAACAUCUUGCGUCUCUGCCACAUCGUGGUAUUUGAGAAGCAGUACCUCGCCUCCGGACGACAAUACCAAGCACCUGAGUAUUACAAACUGUGGUCAAGUAGGGUUGUCGUGAAGUCUUCCAAGGAUUCGGAACUAUCACGUCCCUCAAAUCUCUCCUCUCUUGCUCUUACUUAGGGCAUCAAGCCUCUUCGGUUCUGCGCGAUGACCGGAAAGAAAGAAAUCGAGGAGCGAGUCACAGGUGUCUCAUCGUACAGCUCUAAAGAUGAGAAUUCUCUGGAGAGUGCGGAGCAACGCAAUAACGGGGAAGUAUUUGAGAAUUUGGGCUUGGAAGAUCUUUAUAAACCAAUCCCGAAUUAUGAAGGGAUUCACCGAUACGACCCUUCAUUUCAAUGGAAAGAAGAAGAUGAGCGAAAGGUGGUCAAAAAGAUUGACAAGCGUAUCUGCUCGUGGGUGUGUCUGAUGUUUUUUGCGCUUCAACUCGACAGAGGGAACAUUUCCCAGGCUCUUUCAGACAACAUGCUAAAUGAUCUCCAUCUAAACACCAACGACUACAACACGGGCAUGACAAUCUUCUUUCUGUGCUUCAUGUUUGCAGAGGUUCCAUCGCAACUUGUCUCGAAGAAAAUCGGGCCAGACAACUGGAUCCCUAUACAGAUGGUUUCCUGGAGUCUCGUGGCAAGCCUCCAGGCUUUCAUAACAACCAGAAGCGGCUUUUGGGCGUGCAGGGCGCUUCUUGGUCUGUUGGAGGGCGGUUUCAUUCCAGACUGCAUUCUUUAUCUGUCUUACUUCUACACGUCGAAGGAACUUCCCAGGAGGCUGUCCUGGUUCUGGGUCUCCUACCAAAGCACUCAGAUUGUGUCCGCAUUUCUGGCUUACGGUAUUUUGCGUUUGCGAGGGCACAAUGGGAAGCCAGGAUGGGCGUGGCUUUUCGCGCUCGAAGGACUGCUCACUGGUCUCAUUGGCGUUGCGUCCUUUUUCUAUCUUCCACCAUCCCCUACACAGACUGCCAGCUUCUUUCGUGGCAAGGACGGAUGGUUCAAUGAGACCGAGGAAAAGAUUAUGGUGAACCGAAUCUUGCGCGAUGACCCGUCGAAGGGAGAUAUGCACAACCGGCAAGGUCUUGGGUUUCGCCAAUUCUAUGCCUGCGUCACAGAUUGGCACAUGUGGCCCAUCUAUCUUAUCGGCCUCAGCUGGCUCAUCCCGAACAACCCAGUGGCGGCAUACCUCACGCUUAAUCUCCGGGCUAUUGGAUUCGAUACCUUCAAGACCAAUCUGCUCACCAUUCCAGCCUACGUUUUAUUCAUCCUCCAACUGUUGUUCUGGACGUGGCUCAGCGAAAAGAUCAACCAACGAUUCCUCGUCGGACUGGUUAGCCAGAUCUGGAAUUUGCCUCUUCUAAUUGCAUUAGAGCUUAUACCGAGCUCGACUAGCCCAUGGGUAAAGUGGGCUCUCAGCACCCUUCUGGUGGGUCACCCGUACGUGCAUGCUAUUCUCGUCGCAAUUACUUCACGCAAUGCUGGUUCGGUGAGGACUAGGACCGUGGCAUCGGCAUUCUACAAUAUGUGUGUCCAAGCGAGCUCUAUCAUUGCUUCCAACAUCUAUCGUGACAAAGACAAGCCAAUGUAUCGUACUGGUAACAAGGUCCUCAUUUCAAUUUGCGCCUACAAUUUCAUCCUCUUCAUUGGCGCGAAGCUUUUCUACGUGCAUGUCAAUAAGACGAGGGCUGCGAAGUGGGACGCCAUGUCGCAGGAGGAGAAGGAGCAUUAUUUAGCAACAACAAAGGACGAAGGGAACAAGCGAUUGGAUUUUAGGUUUGCUCAUUGAUAUACAGAUUCUUCGUGAUGCAUGGCAGAUUUAGAAUCUACGGAUUGCAGCGUUGCGCCGGGAUGCAAAGAUGUUGCGAGUAAGAAGAUGACGUGAUAAAUAGAGUAUUGCGAACGAAAGACCUUACCAGAAACAAGAUAACUUUUACAUACUAUACAUUGAAG